AUCUCUCCGCCCCUAAUCUUUAGCUCCAGCUGAACCCUGCAGAAGUUCUCCAGCUCCUCAGCUCUUCCUCAUCAUGUCUCUCCAGCUGGGUGAAGCUCUCCUCCUCCUCCUCCUCCUCCUUCUCCACAGCUCCAUGGCAGACUUCUACUUUCCUGAUGCACAGCAAGAACACUCCAUCAGAUCCCACAGCGACUUCUCCGUCGUUCAUCCUGAGAAAGUGGACGGAGACGGUCGAUUCAUCUCUCACGUGCUCUCGCAUCAGUUCACGAGCAGACGCCGCCGCCGGCGUGAGGUGGACGCACGUGACAGCACGCGUGUGUACUACAAGCUGAAGUUCAGAGGACGAGAUUUGACCCUCAACCUCACGCUCAACGACAACCUGCUGUCCCAGGGGUACGUGUUAGAGCGGAGGAACUCGAGCAGAGACGACCGUGAGGAUGUUCACAGGGAAAACCAGUGUCACCUCAUCGGCACGGUGACGGACGGGGACGUGGAGGGAGCGGCGGCGCUGAGCAGCUGUCACGGCCUGACAGGCAUGCUCUCUCUCCCUAGCGGAGUGUUCCUGAUUGAACCUGUGCGAGGUCACACACCUACACUCACACACCCCCAGCAGCCGCAUGUGGUUUACCGUAACUCCGCUUGGCUGAGCGCCAGACCUCGUCGCAGCACACACACACGGGGUGACGGCCACGCCCCCUGCGGGGUCACAGACACUCCAGAGUGCUCUCAGCAGAUAGAGGACCUAAGAGAGCUUUGGGAAGGAGAGCGGCGAGGCCCGGGCCGAGUGCUGAGUCGGCGAUCAGUGAGUAUGGAGCGCUGGGUGGAGACGAUGGUGGUGGCCGACUCCAAGAUGCUGCAGUACCACGGAAACAACAACGUGGAGAGCUACAUCUUCACCGUCAUGAACAUGGUGGCAGGUAUUUACCAUGACGCCAGUAUCGGCAAUGCCAUCCACAUCGUUCUUGUGAGACUCAUCUUGUUGCAGUCAGAGGAGAAAGGUCUGAAGAUCGUCCAUCACGCAGACUCCACUCUGACCAGUUUCUGUAGCUGGCAGGAGAACCUGAACCCUCAGAGCGACACACAUCCCGCACACCAUGAUGUCGCUGUGCUCAUAACAAGGAAGGACAUCUGUGCAGGUAGGAAUCAGCCGUGUGAGACACUUGGACUCUCUCACCUGUCUGGAAUGUGCCAACCUCAUCGCUCCUGCAACAUCAACGAGGACUCAGGACUUCCCGUAGCCUUCACCAUCGCACAUGAGCUCGGACACAGUUUUGGAAUUCAGCAUGAUGGUCAGGGGAAUGACUGUGAGCUGGUGGGUCGCGCCCCCUACAUCAUGUCUCGCCAGCUGCAGUACGACUCAUCACCUCUUACCUGGUCCACCUGCAGCAAGCAGUACAUCACACAUUUCCUUGAUCGUGGUUGGGGUUUUUGUCUGGACGACCGUCCCUCUAAGAAGGACAUGACGACAGCGCUCCUUGCCCCGGGGGUGAAGUACACUCGGCAGCACCAGUGUCAGAUGCAGUACGGUCCGAACGCCACUCUCUGCCACGAGACCGAUGAUGUCUGCCAGAUUCUGUGGUGCUCAGUGAACGGGUCCUGUCGCUCCAAACUGGACUCGCCCAUAGACGGGACCAGGUGUGGCCCAGGCAAGUGGUGCAUCUCAGGCGAGUGUGUGGUGGUGGGGAAGUUACCUGAGACGGUGAAUGGUGGGUGGGGCCAGUGGAGCACAUGGUCUCACUGCUCGCGCACCUGCGGCUCCGGUGUCCAAUCAGCAGACAGAGAGUGUGACAAACCCAAGCCGGCGUUCGGAGGGAAGUACUGUACAGGUGAGCGGAAGCGCUACAGGAUCUGUAACACCGCGCCGUGCGUUAAGAAGAAGCCGUCGUUUCGAGACAUGCAGUGCAGCGAGUUUGAUACGGUCCCGUACCACAACCAGCUGUACCAGUGGAUCCCCAUCACCUCACACUCCCACCCGUGUGAGCUGCACUGCAGGCCUGUGAAUGAGGAGUUUACCGAGCGGAUGCUGGACGCAGUGACUGACGGGACUCCGUGUUUCUCCAACAGCAGCAGGAGCGUCUGCAUCAAUGGUGUGUGCAAGGAGGUGGGCUGUGAUUAUGCGAUAAACUCCAGGGCAGUGGAGGAUCGGUGUGGUGUGUGUCUGGGUGACGGCUCCAGCUGUGAGACACUGAGUGGCAUGUACACUCAGAGAGAUGGAUACGGCUACACAGACAUGGUUCUGAUCCCAGAGGGAGCGAGGAACAUAGUGAUAGCGGAAGUGGGGGAGGCGGCCAACUUCCUGGUGAUGCGUGCGGCGGACUCUGAUAAAUAUUACCUUAACGGGAAUUACAUCAUCCAGUGGAACGGUGAGUACCAGGUGGGCGGAGUCAAGUUCUACUACGAGCGCAGCGGCAACCUGGAGAACCUCACGUCACCUGGACCUACGACAGAACCCGUUAUAGUGCAGCUGCUGUUCCAGGAGACGAACCCCGGCGUGCGGUACGAGUUCACCCUGAAGAAGAACAGCUCAGAGGAAAAUGAUGUGCUGGAGUCUCAGUACCGCUGGAAAUACGGGGCCUGGACAGACUGCAGCGCCACCUGUGGACAGGGUGAGCAGCAGCAGCCUGUGCGGUGUUUCAGAUCAGGUGUUGGAGUGGUGGAGGAGGAGCUGUGUGACCCCAACACUCGACCCGAGGACAGACAUCGCCACUGUAAGAACAUGGACUGUCCUGCCAGGUGGUGGGUCGGCGGAUGGCAGUCAUGUUCGGCCACCUGCGGUUCAGAUGGAAUAAGGAAGCGCACAGUUCUGUGUGUUAGAACCGUGUCUGGAGAGGAGAGAGUGCUGCACCCCGGCGACUGCAGGAAACUCCCCAAACCCAAAGCAGCUGUGACCUGCAACAGGAACGUGACCUGUGGCUCGGCCUGGGCUGUGGGGAACUGGAGCGAGUGUUCUCUGUCCUGCGGUGGCGGUGUGAAAUCCCGUAGCGUCAGUUGUGUAACAGAACCCCAAAUCCACUGCGACCCCGUGACCCGGCCUCGAUCCACAACCUUCUGUAACCUCCAGAGCUGUUUCAAGACUCGACCGCGACCUCCGACCCCGACUCGGACUCCCGAUAACAUCACGUCUAAUCCCACACCCACACCGCACACGCCGACUCCGCGUGUGUUACACGAAGACGAUCAGGAUUUCAUCUUGGUGACUAACAGCAGUGUGAAAGACGACACCAGGGACGAGGACGAGGACGAGGAGGGCAGCACGGACCUGCAGCAGCCCCCGGACGGACCCGCGUACACACCGGGCUACGACUACAUCAUGGAGGACGACAGAGAGGACACGCGCACUGUUCACACACCUCUCAGCACUAUACACACACCUCAGACUACAGUACAGCCACACGACAUGGCAACUACACACACACACAUUACUACAACACAACCAGCCAGGACAAGAAUGAUUACACACACACCUGCCCGAGUGACCACUAAAGCACCCACACACACACUCACACACAGCAGGACCUCCAAGCAGAGCAUCCUGAAAAUAAGGCCGAGAUCACACAACCCCAAGGUCGUCAGUAAGAAGAGCAAACACACACCCAGAAGCCCCAGCAGGUCCAAAGGGGGCAGCAAGAAUACAGGGGCAUUCUGGGUCGUGGGCAACUGGAGUGAGUGUUCGACCUCCUGUGGUCUGGGAGCAGUGUGGAGGUCAGUGGUGUGUAGUUCUGGUCGGGAUCCUGACUGCAGCAGCACCGCCAAACCCGAACCUGCACAACACUGUAACCUUCAACCCUGUGCUGUGUGGAGAAAGUGCACUGAGGGGUGUGUCAGUGGGAUGAAGUACAGGGAUGUGCAGUGUGUGGACUCUAAGAGUGGACGAGUGUUGAGACCCUUUCAUUGCUCAGACCAACCGUUGCCACCACCUCCUAUACUGGAGUGGAAACACACACACUGGGGACAGUGCUCUCAGAGCUGUGGAGGUGGAGUGAUGGAGCGCUCAGUGUUUUGCCCGGAGCCUGAACGCUGUGAUGAGAGUCUCAGACCCAAAAACUCCGCCCCCUGUAACCUCCAGCCGUGUGUGGCGUGGGUCACUGGACCCUGGCAGCAGUGUUCAAAGAGCUGUGGUGGAGGUGUACAGAAGCGAGUGAUCAGGUGUGUGAGUGAGGGAUCAGGAGAGGAGGUGAAGAGCUCGCUGUGUCUGAAAGGUGACAAACCCGAGAGUUCACGCAGGUGUGCAGAGGAGGAGUGCAGACCUGAGAGAGGUAUGCCGGUGUGUAAGAGAGACAGCAUGUCCGCUCGGUUCUGCGCCACACUGAAGCUGCUCGGUCGCUGCAUCCUGAACUCCAUACGCAAGCAGUGCUGCCUCACCUGUCUGAUGUAACAUCACUGAGGUCACAGAGGUCAAAGUGCAGAGGUCACGCUGGAUCAUUCAAGGAUUCAAGGAUUCUUUAUUGUCAUACCAGCACACUUCCAUGUUAUGGUACAAACCAUCAUCAUCAUCACCCAGACUGGACCAGGAGCUCACAUACUCUCACACACAUACACACACACACACACACACACAUCAUCUAGUUUUCAGAGUGACAGACGUCUGAUGGAACUGGUGUGAAAUGCAGUAAAUGAUAAUCAGGUUUAAUAAGGAGCGCUCUACAGGAGACACGUGGGUUAGAUCACUCCUCCCGUGUAGAGGAGGCGCUGAGCCAGCACGAACACAAACCUCAUGAGACUGAAGAUAAACAGUGUGUGUGUGUCUGACUGUAAUCACGUACUGUGUGUUUACACAAACAAACUGUUCUUCAGUCCAGGUGCUUUAAAAACCAAAACCUUCUCUGGUGCUUUUGACCAAAACACACUGACAUGAGACUUAUUUUAAAUUAAUAUGUUGUGUUUCAUUAUCGCUGCAAUAAUCUGCUCAUUUCUACAAAGUACAUGAAUGUGUGUGUAUGUGUGUGUGUGUGCGUGUGUGCGUGCGUGC